AUGCAAAUGGACAGUAUAAAAUCAGGAGAACAUUUAUCAAACAUCCAGAGAGAUAAUCCACAACAGAUAAUUGACAGAAAAUUUUUCAUUGAUGCUUCUAACCAGAGACUGACUACCAUUCCACAAGAGAUCUUAGAAUUAAAAGAAUUAGAAGAAGUACAUUUAGAAAAUAACAAGAUUGAAGUUAUUCCCCAGGAAAUUCAGUAUUUAAAGAAUGUCAGGAUCCUCUAUUUGAACAAGAAUAAACUAAAGAAACUGUGCCUGGGCCUGAGCAAGCUAAGCAACCUAGAGAGCCUAGAUCUGAGCAACAAUCCCCUUCUCUCUUCUAUCCAAGUCAUCAGCCACAUCCGCACCCUGCGUCAGCUCUGGCUCUACAAGAAUUCCCUGAAAGAAUUUCCCAUUGCAAUCUGUAAGUCCCUUCACCAUCUGGAGCUUCUAGGACUAUCAGGAAACCUCUUGAGCUCUUUGCCCAAGGAAAUAGUGAACCAGAGCAAAUUGAGGGAGAUCUACCUGAAUCAAAAUAAAUUUGAAGUUUUUCCUCAGGAGCUCUGCGCUCUCUACAACCUAGAGAUCAUCGACCUGGAUGAGAAUCAAAUAAAUUCCAUUCCAGAAGAGAUUGGAGAACUGACACUGCUGCAGAAGUUGUAUAUAGCUCAUAACAACAUGCCCUUUAUACCUGAAUCCCUGUGCCAUUGUAGCAAAAUGUCAGUCCUUGAUUUUUCCUAUAACUCCCUUGAACACAUUCCACACAUUCUCACCAAGCUCAUAGAGAUGACAGAAAUCGGACUGAGUGGGAACCACCUAGGGAAGGUGCCCCACCUCAUUUGUAAGUGGCCCUCCCUAUACUUGCUAUACCUGCGCAACACAGGUCUACAGAGUCUUCGGCAUUCCUUCAGACGCCUGGUCAACUUGCAUUUCCUGGAUCUCAGUCAGAACCAGCUGGAACACUGUCCAUUACAGAUUUGUGCUCUGAAGAAUCUGGAAAUCCUGGCGCUGGAUGAUAAUAAAAUACAGCAGUUACCUCCAGAGAUUGGCUCACUUUCAAAAUUGAAGAUUCUUGGAUUAACAGGAAACCAAUUCCUCAGCUUUCCAGAGGAAAUUUUUUCUUUAACGUCUUUGGAGAGACUAUAUUUGGGGCAAGAUCAGGGAGCCAAGUUUACCAAUCUGCCAGGAUGCAUUAGCAAACUGCAGAGUCUCAAAGAGCUUCACAUAGAGAACAAUAAAUUGGAGUAUCUGCCGGAUUCCUUGGGUUUACUGAUUAACCUGGAAAUUCUGGAUUGCUGCCAUAAUUUUCUUAGGCAACUUCCAAAUUCCAUUUGCCAAGCACAAGCUUUGACAGAAUUACUACUUAAGGACAACUUGCUCACUCAUCUUCCAGAGAAUUUGGAUAAGUUAGUAAAUCUAAAGACUCUGAUGCUGAUGGAAAACCCCAUAACAAAACCCCCAAUAGAAGUGUGCGCUGAGGGUAUGGAGGCUAUCUGGGCAUAUCUUAAGGAAAACAGAAGCAUGAAAGUAAUGGCAACAAAGAUCCAAGCAUGGUGGCAUGGAGUAAUGGUAAGGAAAGGACUGGGAAGAUUUGAAGAAUUACAAAAACCACGAAAGAAAGGAAAGAUCCCGCCAAAAGACAAGAAGGGAAAGAAGGCAGAAAAAUAA